AUGAUCAGGCCAACUCUUUCCCAGGCGCCGUCUUUCAAGGUGCGAUGCUUCACUGUCUCGCUUCAUCAUAUGGUGGUCACUGCGCCACCACCGAAACAUCCCAAUCCCAGUAAUUUUGCGAAUAGGUCACGGGAAGAAAUGUCCAAGAUAGGCCAUCGAGGAGGCAAAAAAAGUGGCAAAGCUCGAGGCGUCGGCGGUUUCCAUGAUAUGGAUCCUGAGAAGCAGGUAGGCCAGCCCGACUCGGUGGGUCAAUCCUACUAUAUCGAAAGACCGGCCAUCAGAGAUCUAGCGACUAAACAUGCCAUAGCAUCUCGAGGCGGACGAGCGGCGAGGAAAGUUGCAGAGCAGUCAUCAGAGGCUCUAGGUCAGUCACAAAGCUCAGGUGCACAGAAACAUCAGUCUGGUAGACGCUCGCAUGAGCCUCCGAUUAUUGCACCAACGUUUGAAGAAUGGCAGACCUGA